UAAAGGAUUUAGUGAACAAGGUUAUUUAAAGACUCACAUGAGAAUACAUAAGAGUGAUAUAAACGAGAGAGCACAUACUAAAGAUAAACCUCAUGAUUGUGAUGUAUGUGGUAAAGGGUUUAGCCGACUCAGUCAUUUACGUAGACACAUGAGAACACAUACAGGCGACAAACCUCAUGGCUGUGAUGUAUGUGGUAAAGGAUUUAUUGAGCAAGGUAAUUUAAAGACACACAUGAGAAUACAUACAGGUGAUAAACUCUAUGACUGUGAUGUAUGUGGUAAAAGGUUUAAGCAUGGUAAUGACGUGAAGAGACACAUGGCAUCACACACUAGCGAAAAACGCCAUAAAUGUGAUGUGUGUGAGAAAGGGUUUAAUACGUCUAGUAAUUUACAGCGACACAUGAGAACACAUACAGGUGACAAACCUUAUGACUGUGAUGUAUGUGGUAAAGGAUUUAGUGCGCAAGAUAAUUUAAAGACACACAAGAGAAUACAUAAAGGUGAUAAACCUUAUGACUGUGAUGUAUGUGGUAAAAGGUUUAGUGCGGCUGGUGACGUAAAGAGACACAUGGUAACACACACUGGCGAAAAACUUCAUAAAUGUGAUGUAUGUGGUAAAGGGUUUGGUCAUCAUUAUACUUUACUGAGACACGCCAGAACCCAUUCAGGUGCUUCACUUCAUUAUUGUGAUAUAUGUGGUAAAGGAUUGAGAAGCCAUCAUAAUUUACAAAGACACAUGAUAAUACAUACAGGUGAUAAACCUUAUGUCUGUGAUGUAUGUGGUAAAGGAUUUAGUGUGCAAGGUAAUUUAAAGACUCACAAGAGAAUACAUACAGGUGAUAAUCCUUAUGACUGUGAUGAGUCCAAAGUAAAUCUACCUAGUUCUGAUCUAGCACCUAUAGACAUACACGAACAAACAGAUAUACUGGAGGUAAACCUUAUUAAUAGGAUGUACGAGGUAGAAGAUUUAGUCACAAUUAAUGGUACUCAACAGGGACAAAUAAGAACAGAGGGUUUAGUCACAAUUAAUGGUACUCAACAGGGACAAAUAAGAACAGAGGAUUUAGUCACAAUUAAUGGUACUCAACAGGGACAAAUAAGAACAGAGGAUUUAGUCGCAAUUAAUGGUACUCAACAGGGACAAAUAAGAACAGAGAAUUUAGUCACAAUUAAUGGUACUCACCAGGGACAAAUAGGAACAGAGGAUUUAGUCACAAUUAAUGGUACUCAACAAGGACAAAUAAGAACAGAGGAUUUAGUCACAAUUUAUGGUACUCAACAGGGACAAAUAGGAACAGAGGAUUUAGUCACAAUUAAUGGUACUCACCAGGGACAAAUAGGAACAGAGGAUUUAGUCACAAUUAAUGGUACUCAACAAGGACAAAUAAGAACAGAGGAUUUAGUCACAAUUUAUGGUACUCAACAGGGACAAAUAGGAACAGAGGAUAGUAAUAAACUGCAUAAAUGUGAUGUUUGUGCUAGAGAAUUUAGUCACAGUAGUUCCUUAAAGAGACACACGAAAACACAUACUGGUGAAAAACCUCGCAAAUGGGAUUUUUGUCCUAGAGAAUUUUCUGGAGGUAAUCACCUAAAAAUAAACGAGAGAACACAUACUAAAGAUAAACCUCAUGAUUGUGAUGUGUGUGGUAGAGGUUUUAGUCUGCUUAGUCAUUUACGUAGACACAUGAGAAUACAUACAGGCGACAAACCUCAUGACUGUGAUGUAUGUGGUAAAGGGUUUAGUCAUCAUGGUAGUUUAAUGAGACACAUGAGAACACAUACAGGUGAUAAACCUUAUGACUGCGAUGUAUGUGGUAAACAGUUUAGUCAGCUUGGUACUUUAAAGAGACACAUGCGAACACAUACAGGUGACAAACCUUAUGACUGUGAUGUAUGUGGUAAAGGAUUUAGUGAUCAAGGUUAUUUUAAGAAACACAUGAGAAUACAUAAUGGUGAUAUACACGAGAGAACACAUACUAAAGAUAAACCUCAUGAUUGUGAUGUAUGUGGUAAAGGGUUUAGCCGACUCAGUCAUUUACGUAGACACAUGAGAACACAUACAGGCGACAAACCUCAUAACUGUGAUGUAUGUGGUAAAGGAUUUAUUGAGCAAGGUAAUUUAAAGACACACAUGAGAAUACAUACAGAUGAUAAACCUUAUGACUGUGAUGUAUGUGGUAAAAGGUUUAGGCAUGGUAAUGACGUGAAGAGACACAUGGCAACACACAUUGGCGAAAAACGUCAUAAAUGUGAUGUAUGUGAGAAAGGGUUUAAUACGUCUAGUAAUUUACAGCGACACAUGAGAACACAUACAGGUGACAAACCUUAUGGAUGUGAUGUAUGUGGUAAAGGAUUUAGUGCGCAAGAUAAUUUAAAGACACACAUGAGAAUACAUAAAGGUGAUAAACCUUAUGACUGUGAUGUAUGUGGUAAAAGGUUUAGUGCGGCUGGUGACGUAAAGAGGCACAUGGUAACACACACUGGCGAAAAACGUCAUAAAUGUGAUGUAUGUGGUAAAGGGUUUGGUCAUCAUUAUACUUUACUGAGACACGCCAGAACACAUUCAGGUGCUUCACUUCAUUAUUGUGAUAUAUGUGGUAAAGGAUUGAGUGGCCAUCAAAAUUUACAAAGACACAUGAUAAUACAUACAGGUGAUAAACCUUAUGACUGUGAUGUAUGUGGUAAAGGAUUUAGUGUGCAAGGUAAUUUAAAGACUCACAAGAGAAUACAUACAGGUGAUAAUCCUUAUGACUGUGAUGUAUGUGGUAAAAUUUUUAGUCGGCCUGACAUUUUACAGGUUCACAUGAGAACACAUACAGUUGAUGAUAAUACUGAUAAACCACGUGACUGGGAUAUAUAG